CAUUUCCGGAAGAGGUAGCGCGGCGGCAUAGCUCCGCUAGCGUUUUUAAGUUUAAUAACUUUAAAGUUGUACCUGGGUAGUUCUAAAGUAGUUAAGUUAAUUGUGAAUUGAUGUGAAUUGGUUUUACUCUAAGAAUGGGCAAACCUGAAUUUAAUGGCGGUCGCGGAGGAGGCGGCGGUCGCGGCGGUUUCCGUGGAGGUCGCGGCGGUGGCGGAGGCCGAGGUGGCUUCGGUGGCGGCCGUGGAGGCGGCGGUGGCGGCAAGUUCGAGAAGAGAGGCGGAGGUGGGGGCCGUGGCUUCGGAGGUAGAGGUGGUGGAGGCCGUGGUCGUGGUCGUGGUGGUCCCCCGAGCAGGGGAGGCUUCAAAGGCGGAAAACAAGUCAUAAUUGAACCACACAGGCAUCCAGGAGUAUUCAUAGCUAGGGGCAAAGAAGAUGCGUUGGUCACUAAAAAUCUAGUGCCAGGAUCAGAAGUUUAUGGUGAAAAGAGAAUAUCAGUUGAGAACGAAGGUGAUAAGGUGGAGUACAGAGUCUGGAAUCCGUUCAGAUCGAAAUUGGCAGCUGCAAUUAUGGGUGGAGUGGAUGCUAUACACAUGGCCCCUGGGUCAAGAGUUUUGUAUCUCGGAGCUGCCAGUGGAACAACAGUCAGUCAUGUCUCGGAUGUUGUGGGACCAGAAGGUCUCGUUUAUGCUGUCGAGUUCUCUCACAGAUCCGGCAGAGAUUUAAUAAAUGUUGCCAAGAAGAGAACCAAUAUUAUACCUAUUAUAGAAGACGCUAGACAUCCUUUAAAAUACAGAAUGUUAGUUGGUAUGGUGGACACAAUAUUCGCUGAUGUCGCGCAACCCGACCAAGCUAGGAUUGUCAGUUUGAAUGCACAGCAUUUUUUGAAGAAUGGCGGACAUUUUGUUAUCUCAAUUAAGGCAUCCUGUAUAGACUCAACUGCUCAGCCCGAAGCAGUAUUCGCAGCAGAAGUAAAGAAAUUACAGGCGGACAAAUUAAAACCGCAAGAACAGUUGACAUUGGAGCCCUACGAAAGAGAUCACGCUGUUGUCGUCGGAGUCUUCAGACCACCGCCUAAGAAAUAAUUGUUUUGUAAAUAUAGUUUGUUAGUUAAUUAUUGUUAAGAUUAGUGUGAAGUAAUAAUGCUUCAACUCUGGGUAAAACUGAUUUCAAUAUAUGUACAACUAGUAUCAGUAGUAUUCAAGAAUUUUAACUGCAAAUUAAACCAUUUUUGAUAAUG